AUGUCCAAAAUGUGGCCGCCAUGGCGGAAAGGGACUUUAACGGAAGACGUUGACAACUCGCAACGAAUUCCCUCCGACGCUAGUCAGGACGUCAUCCAAGAAGCCAACAGGCAAGAGAAGCAGAUAGCAGACGGAGUCGCACACGAACUCGACCCGACUGUCUCUGGACGUCGGGAAUCAGACGAAGCUGACGCYGGAAACUUUGGAAGGAGAGAACUGACAGUAGGAGAGGGAUGGGCCUGUACUGGGUUUGCAUUUCCAAAAUGGAGGAAGUGGACCAUCCUGGCGUCCAUCUUCAUCGUGCAAAUCAGCAUGAACUACAACGCAUCCGCCUAUGCCAACGCCGUCUCUGGUCUUACUGAGGAAUAUGGCAUUUCCAAUUUCCAGGCCCGGCUUGGACAGAUGGUCUUUCUUGUGGCAUAUGCUAUUGGCUGUGAGGCCUGGGCUCCUUGGUCAGAGGAGCUCGGACGAUUCUGGGUCUUGCAAAGCYCCCUCUUCCUGGUCAACAUAUUCCAGAUCCCAUGCGCUUUGUCGACCAAUUGGACCACCGUGAUUGUAGCUCGUGGCCUGGGUGGUCUCAGCUCAGCGGGAGGAUCGGUCACGUUGGGUAUUGUCGCGGACAUGUGGCAGCCAGAAGAUCAACAAUAUGCCAUUUCYUUUGUGGUGCUUUCUUCCGUGGCUGGAUCGCUUGUGGGUCCAAUCUUCGGAGGAUUCAUCGAGACCUACCUGAACUUCCGCUGGGUCUUCUGGAUCCAGCUCAUCUUCGGUGCUGUCACACAAGCUAUCCACUUCUUUGUCGCGCAGGAAACCAACACAGACACGCUGCUGGAUAGGGAGGCUCGCAAGCGCCGCAGGAAUGGCACGGAUGCGAACAUCUGGGGUCCACAGGAGAUCAAGGGAACCUUCUGGCAGCGCAUCAGCUGGAAGCACAUUGGGACGCUGAUGUGGCGGCCUUAUCGUCUUUUGCUCACCGAGCCAAUUGUGGGAUUCCUCUCCCUCCUUUCCGGCUUCAGCGACGCACUCAUCUUCACUGGACUCUCCUCAUUCGCAAUCGUCCUCAAACAGUGGCAUCUCUCCACCAUUAGUAUAGGUCUGUCCUUUAUUGGUCUCCUUGUCGGGUACCUGCUGGCCUAUUUCGCAUUCAUGCUGCAUUAUUGGCAUGAUGACAAGCGCAAGAAGGCUUCGAUCAAAGGCCCGGGCUUGUUCACACCAGAACGGAGGCUUUACUUGCUGUUGUUCCUGGUUCUCCUGGAGCCCAUUGGCCUUCUUGGAUUUGGAUUCACUUCCUUUGGACCGCCUCACGGUCACUGGAUUGCGCCAAUCUUGUUCACGAUUCCUAUCGGCAUAGCCAACUAUGCCAUCUACCAAGCCACCAUUGACUACAUGGUUGCAGCAUACGGCGCAUUCUCCGCAUCCGCGACGGGCGGCAAUGGUUUCUCCCGCGACCUACUUGCUGGGAUCGCCGCGCUGUAUGCURACCCAAUGUACCGGAACAUUGCGUCAGGUACCAAGUGGCAGCUGGUUGUACCAUCACUUAUCCUGGCAGGGAUUGGUACGGCGUUGUGCGUACCUGUCUUUGUCUUUUACUUCUUCGGCACUUGGUUCCGGGAAAACAGCAAGUUCGCCCUGGACAUUGAGGCCAAGAGACAAGAGGAUCUCGGCGUGGCGACGAAUGUCAAGGUGGCCGCAGCGAGAGAUGCGACUGUCCAUGAUGAAGCCUUGGCUAGCAGUUCUGGUAUGCAGAGGGCUGAGGUGUGA